CAAAUUUGAAUUGAAACGACCGUUCAUCCCCAGAGACUCUCCACCGUCCGAUCAUUUCCAUCUCAAAUCCUCUUUUCAACCAAAACCCAAACGGCUCCUCUGUUUCUCUCUCCAAACACAUUUCAUUUCAUCUUCAUCUAACCCUAACUUCAGCUGCAUUUCCCUGUCAGAUUUACACACAGUCUGCCACUCUAGGGUUUCUCUUCUUCCAAAAAAUGCCGACUUUCGCUGAGACAGCAAGCGCUUUCCGGAACAGAUUCCGCUUUCAAGAACCGUCGGAUCCUGCUUCCGAUAGCGUGCGGAGUUCUCCCGCUCUGUUCAAAUCAGCAUCGAAGGAUAACCUCGUGCAGUCUUCUGCUGCGGCAGUGGCGGCGAUAGGGAGUCUUGGACAGAGCGAUGAUGUUGAGGUUUCGGGUGGGCCGUCGGAUCGGACCUUCGAGUUGCAAGAAGAUCCUUCGUUCUGGAAAGAUCAUAACGUUCAGGUUGUGAUCCGCAUCCGUCCCCUUAGCAAUUCAGAGAUAUCCCUUAAAGGUUACAACAAAUGUGUUAGGCAGGAAAGUUGUCAAACAAUUACUUGGACUGGGCACCCAGAAUCCCGCUUCACCUUUGAUCUUGUUGCUGAUGAGAAUGUCAGCCAGGAAAAGCUGUUUAAAUUGGCUGGAUUACCAAUGGUAGAUAAUUGCAUGGGAGGCUAUAAUAGUUGUAUGUUUGCAUAUGGCCAGACUGGCAGUGGAAAGACCCAUACAAUGUUGGGGGACAUUGAGGGAGGCACUCGAAGACAUAGUGUUAAUUGUGGGAUAACCCCUCGAGUAUUUGAAUAUUUGUUUUCAAGGAUCCAAAAGGAAAAAGAGUCUCGUAGAGACGAAAAGCUGAAAUAUACUUGUAAAUGCUCAUUCUUGGAAAUUUACAAUGAACAAAUUCUUGAUCUUCUCGAGCCAUCUUCGGUCAAUUUACAAAUCAGAGAAGAUGCAAAGAAAGGUGUCCAUGUGGAGAAUCUAACAGAGUUUGAGGUGUCAAGUGCCCGGGAUGUCAUUCAACAACUUGUUCAGGGAGCAGCAAACAGAAAAGUGGCCGCCACCAAUAUGAAUCGUGCUAGCAGCCGUUCUCAUAGUGUUUUUACUUGUGUUAUUGAGAGUAAGUGGGAAUGCCAAGGUGUAACUCAUCACAGGUUUGCACGGCUAAAUCUUGUAGAUCUCGCUGGUUCAGAGAGGCAAAAGAGCUCUGGUGCUGAAGGUGAACGCCUUAAGGAAGCUACCAACAUCAACAAGUCGCUUUCGACAUUGGGACUUGUUAUCAUGAAUCUUGUAAAUAUUUCCAAUGGAAAAUCACAGCACGUUCCUUAUCGUGAUUCAAAGCUGACAUUUCUACUUCAGGACUCACUGGGAGGGAAUUCAAAAACGACUAUAAUUGCAAAUAUAACCCCAUCUAGUUGUUGUGCACUUGAAACACUUAGUACAUUGAAAUUUGCACAGCGUGCCAAGUUCAUUAGGAACAAUGCAAUUGUAAAUGAAGAUGCUUUAGGGGAUGUUCUUAGCAUGCGUGCACAGAUUCAACAGCUCAAGAAAGAGAUAAACCGUUUACGAGGCUUGGUUAACGGAGGGGCUGAAAACCAGGAAAAUGAUAACUGGAAUAUCAGCUUCCCAGGUUCUCCAGGAUCCUUUAAAUGGGAUGCAGGAGAGGGAUCAUUUAGUCCACUUACAACUGAAAAAAAGACAACUCAGAAAAGACAUUAUGAAGCUGCUCUUGUUGGAGCUUUCAGAAGGGAACAAGAUAAAGAAAUUCAAUUGAGGGCCUUGGCUGCAGAAAAUGAGGCAACAAUAGUGCUGGCCAAACAAAGGGAACGAGAAAUACAAAGCCUAAAAAUGAGACUCCGAUUCCGUGAAGCUGGAAUAAAGAGGUUGGAGGCUCUUGUCUCUGGCAAGAUCUCAGCUGAGACACAUCUUUUAGAAGAAAAAAGUGAACUUUUGAAGGAAAUCGAGGUUCUUCGCAACCAAGUGGAUCGUAACCAAGAAGUAACUAGGUUUGCUAUGGAAAAUCUACGCCUGAAAGAAGAACUUAGAAGAUUGCAGUCAUUCUGUGAGGAUGGAGAACGAGAGAUGAUGAAUGAACAGAUAAAGACAUUACAAAAUAAGUUAUUGGAAGCACUGGAUUGGAAACUUAUGCAUGAGAAGGAUCCAGCGAUAGUUCAGGAUUCACCAAUGCCUUGGGAUUCUUCCAUCAAUGCGGAGAAUGAGUUUCUCCGUAUUCAGGCUAUUCAAAAUCAGAAGGAAGUGGAAGCAUUGCGCAAGAACUUGAAUGCCUGCCUCGAAGCCAAAGAAAAGUUGGAGAGGCGUGUUGACGAAUUGGUAUCACAGCUAGAAGAAGAAACAAAAUCUGCCAAUAUCCAGAAAGAAGCCGUGAGCCAGCAUCUGCAAGUUGAUCUUUCAGUUUCCCCUACAAUUAAGGGCAUGACAUUUGAUGCCUCAAACAAUCAGAUCGAACUUAAAACCAUGGUAGAUGCAAUUGCAGCUGCAAGCCAGAGAGAAGCUGAAGCACAUGAAACAACCAUCACUUUGGCUAAGGAGAAUGAAGAACUGCGGAUGAAGCUAAAAGUCUUGAUUGAGGAUAAUAACAAACUCAUUGAACUGUAUGAAGGUGUUGUCGCAGAAGGUAAUACUAAGUCAGUCUUGAUUGAGGAUAAUAACAAACUCAUUGAACUGUAUGAAGGGGUCGUCGCAGAAGGUAAUACUAAGUCAGGAAAUGCCUUUCAAGCAGUGAAUGGCGAUGAAGAAUGUCAUGAAAACACUGACCAUGAUGAAAACUAUCAUGUGGAAACGAAAGAGGUUGAAGGCCUGGAGCACCAGCUUAGUGAAAUGCAUGAAGAGAACGAGAGGCUAAUGGGCUUGUAUGAGAAAGCCAUGCAGGAGAGGGAUGAAUUUAAGAAGAUGCUUUGCUCCAACGAAAAGAACAAUGUUGGAGAGAAAGAAGACUUCAACUGUCCAGAAAAGCUCGUUGAAGUGGACGAAGAAAGAGUUUAUUGGAGUGAAGAUGGCAAGGAAAACUCUGAAUUGCGUAACACUUCUUCAAAAUCUGAUGAACCAUCAGAGUUGGAUUUCUCCGGAUCAAAUGAACUGGAAACAUCCGUAAUGGACAGGCUUGAAAUCGCAAUGGAUGGACUUGAAAUCGUACAUCCAGAAGAUCCUGUCGUUGAUGAAGAAAAAAGAAAUCCAAUUGAAGAAUGGGGAAACGUCAUUGCUGAUAAUGAGAAUUUCAAAAUGGAAUCAAAUGCUGAACCUGCGGAAAUUAAAGUAUCUGAAGAAGAGCUGAAUUUGGCUAGAAUGAAGUUGGAAAUGGCGCAAGAUAUGCUAGCAAAUGCUGCAAAAGCCGUAAGUUUUUUUGGGUUGCUUGAGAAAGCCAACAUCAACAUAGACAAGCUUGUGAGAGAAAUUGAAGCCGUGGAGAACAGUGUUCAGAUCAAACAUCAGGAGAUUGCGGCCCUCAAACUCCUCUCUUUCGAAGCACAUGAAAGAAAAACUGUAACAGAUAACAAGCUAAUCGCACUGAGAUCUUCUCUAUCCAGUAUCUCUUCCUCGGUCAAUUACUGGGAACAACGAGAAGCUCAUGCAAGGGCGAGGCUGGACUCAUCCUCCUGCUCUUUGGAACAAAAGAAAGAAGAAAUGACACAUCUUCAAGUCCGCAAGGAAGAAAUAGAGGGAGCUCAUAUUAAGGCCCGAGAAUCUGAAACCGCAAUAAGAAACAACAUUGAAUGUUUAAAAUCAAAACUCCAAGAUGCUGAAAACCUAAGGAAGACAGAGAAGGUGCUGUUUGAAAUCGAUAAUCUGGACAGAACAGACAUUCCCGUGCAGAGAAACUGGCAGCUGAGUAAAGCUGGGGAGUUGCUCAAAUCCGAGGAAGAGCGAACGAAGCUAAGAGAUGAAAUCAGGCAGUCACGUGAACGGCUAGGCGUCAUACAAAAGGAAAUGGGAGACUUGAGGCGGAAAUCAGAGGCUUUAGAUAAUGAAAUCCAGACCAUUGAAGAGGAGAUAACGAAAUAUUUGCGAACAGUAGAGGAGGCGAAACUUGGGCUAGAGAAUGUCCUUGAAGAGAACGAGAUGCUCUAUAAGAUGAGAGAUGAAGGGAGGAGAGAGGUGGAGAGAAUGAUAAUUGAAUACCAUCAGCGUUUUUACGAGUCAGCUUUGAAAGAGGAAGAGGCGAAGUUAUGUGAGAGAGAAGUGAAGGCAGCAGUGAGCAUCUUAGAUGAGCUAAAAGCAGCAAGGACAGCAGCAACCCAAAACAAGAUGAGAUUGUUACAUGACAACCAACAUGUGUUUGCGCUUCCCAAUGCAGAUGAUGACUCAUGUUGUGUUUUCGCAAAUGUAGAAGAAGAGCUUGGUAACAUUCAGAGAUCUGUAUUCGAUGCCAAGUCGUUGCUUGUUACUAAUGAUAGGUAGUUUGUUUUUGGACUUCCAAUGCACAAACUGUUUUCGAAUUUCAUUCCAGCAGUAACAUUCGAAGUGCUGGAUUAAUGAAAUUGAGCUUUGGUUUUAUACUCUUUUCUUGUAUAUAACAGCCUUUCUUGAUUUGAUUUGUUUAUAUGGAUGAUGUCCAUCAGUU